GCCAAAAUACUUUCAUACUCAUUUGGACUCGCAUGCAGACACGCCUUUCUCCUUUAUCUCGUUUACUAAAGAUUUAUUUUAUUUGCGAUCAUAAACUGAUCAAAUUGUUUACUCAAAGCUUGAAUUUUUGAAACAAAGUUUGAGGAAAAAAUUUCCUUUUCCAAUGGCUCUCAUCUGCCACGCAAGAUCCACAGCGGCGCGGCAUUUUAUGCGAGGCUUAUCUGCUUCGACUGUAAUCGGUCGCUGGAACUCCCCGCCGAUUCCGUUUUCAAGAGGUGGUUCGGACCGAUGUUUCGGGUCGGCUAGGGCUGGUGAGAGCGUCUCCCCGCAGUACGAUGAUUGCAGGAACCAGGUUUUGGAUUUUCCUGGCGGAAAGGUUACGUUCAUUUCAGAGAUGAGGUUCCUUUCGGAAUCCACUGGCGAAAGAAUAAGCUGCUAUCGAGUUCUUGAUGAUAACGGGCAAACAAUAUCAGGCAGUAGUUUUAAAGAGGUAACCAGAGAAGUAGCUAUGAAAAUGUAUAGGGACAUGAUUACUCUACAAGUCAUGGACACCAUCUUCUAUGAAGCUCAGAGGCAAGGAAGAAUAUCCUUCUAUCUCACUUCUACUGGAGAAGAAGCCAUCAACAUUGCAUCUGCAGCUGCUCUUAGCAAUGAAGAUGUCGUAUUUCCCCAGUAUAGGGAACCUGGUGUUCUUUUAUGGAGGGGUUUCACUCUUCAAGAAUUUGCAAAUCAAUGCUUUGGCAAUAAAUCAGACUAUGGUAAAGGAAGGCAGAUGCCAAUUCAUUAUGGAUCAAGAAAGUAUAAUUAUUUCACGAUUUCAUCACCAAUAGCGACACAGCUUCCACAAGCUGUUGGAGCUGCUUAUUCUCUCAAGAUGGAUAGAAAGGAUGCCUGUGCUGUCACAUAUUUUGGCGAUGGAGGCACAAGUGAAGGAGAUUUUCAUGCUGCACUAAAUUUUGCUGCUGUUACGGAGUCUCCUGUAAUUUUCUUCUGUCGCAAUAAUGGCUGGGCAAUUAGCACUCCCACUGAAGAACAAUUUAGAUGCGAUGGUGCCGUGAUUCGAGGCCAAGCUUAUGGUAUUCGUAGCAUUCGGGUGGACGGAAAUGAUGCUCUUGCUGUGUAUAGUGCAGUUCAUUUAGCCAGAGAGAUGGCUAUAUCUGAAUCUAGGCCAAUUUUGAUUGAGGCACUGACCUACAGAGUUGGACAUCAUUCAACUUCUGAUGAUUCCACAAAGUACCGUCCAGCUGAUGAAAUCAAUCAUUGGAGAACAGAAAGGGAUCCAAUUUCCAGAUAUAGAAAGUGGAUUGAGAGAAAUGGUUGGUGGUGUGAUGAUGUUGAAUCUGAGUUUAGAAGCAGUGUUAGGAAAGAGCUACUGCAAGCAAUUCAGGUUGCAGAGAGAGCGCAAAAGCCACAACUGAAAGAAUUAUUCACUGAUGUUUAUGAUGUUCUACCUUCGAACCUGAGAGAACAAGAGCAGGUUCUUUAUCAAACUGUCGAGAAAUAUCCUGGGGAUUACCCGUCUGAUGUGCCUAUUUAGCUUAAUUGAACUUAAUACAUUUCUUAAGGACACUAAUUUGUGUACCUGAUUCUGUAUGAUGCCCCUAGUGAUGAUAUUUUUAAGUCAGUAAUUCUGUGGGGGAACACAAAUUGCAAAUCAUAAAAAUAAAUUGAGAAGUAGUGUUAUAUUGGGUUGUUCCCACGUUCAAACUCU